AUGUUGUGCUUGGCCCGCAACUACCGAUCCCAUCUCCACGGGGUUGCAGAACCCACUCGCCCGGAACCGUUCUACAAGACGCCGACCGCGAUCAUCGGUCCCGGUGACCCCAUCAAGGUAACUGCCGACUCAGGUCUAGUGGUCUGCGAAUCCGAACUCGUCGUCAUCAUGGGCAAGCGGGCCAAGAACGUUAGCGAAGAGGAUGCACUAGAUUACGUAUUCGGCUACACCGCCGGUAACGAUGUCAGUGCUCGCGACUGGCAGAGCGAUGACACGCAAUGGUGGCGCGCCAAGUCGGCCGACACCUUCGGACCAACUGGCCCGUUUAUCGUUACCGACAUCGAUCCCCAGGACGUCAGCAUUCGCGGAUUAGUGAAUGGAGUUGAAGGGCAGAAGUGCCACUCCUCGGAGAUGAUCUUCGACGUUCGCCAAUCGAUCAGCUUCAUCUCGCGUUACGUCACCCUCGAAUGUGGCGAUAUGUUGUGGACCGGCACAUCAGGUACGACCCCUCCGAUUAACGUCGGCGGAGACGUCACAGUGGAAAUCGAAAAGAUCGGUGUGCUCCACAACCCGGUCGAGGCUGCAUAA